AUGGGCUGCGACGGGCCGGCGAUCGGCGUCGACCUCGGCACGACCUACUCGUGCGUGGCCGUGUGGCGGCCGUCCCACAACCGCGUCGAGGUUGUCCCUAACGACCAGGGGAACCUCACCACGCCGUCGUGCGUCGCCUUCACCGACGCCUGGCGGCUCGUCGGCGACGCGGCUCUCAACCAAGCCGCAAGGAACCCCGUCAACACCGUAUUCGGUUAUAUUCCGAGCUACGGCAUUGAUCCGUUCGUGGUCAUUACUCACUCCGAUGGAGGCCAGGGAGCAUUUGGUUACUGGGUCUAUCCGUUGGGAGAUGGUUGCUCGGGAUAUCUUCAACCGGUUUGGAUGGCCGUCAUGUAAUAGGAUAGGCAAUUAGUUUCCCUACCUUCUUUAGCCAGCCGGUUGUGGCAUUUUAUUUCUGGCUAGUCUGUGUUUCUAGCCUUCUGCGCUCUGUGUGGGCUGCAUUUCCUUUAUUUGAUUUCGAGACUUUGAAACCUUGUAUGCACUUUUUGCUGCUUUGAUUAAUAAGA